ACGUGAAUGCAGCAUUGCUAGCAUUGAGGUGAAAUAGCUAGCUAACAAAUGGUUAGCCGCAGUUACCAAGCGUUUCUUUCCCAGGAUAGUUUUUGUGGAAGAUCUCCAGUGUUUUAAACUGUCAAGAAGACUAAAAAUUUUCUGGACAGACAUAAACUUCAGCGGAUUUUACUUUUUUACGACCGCGAAUUAUAAGUCAAACACCAGAUAAGCGUUUCUGCUGUUAUUGCCAGCUACCUUAGACGCUUGUUAACUUCACGCAAGUUUACGUUAGUAGGAAGCAUGUUUACCAGGUCGUGCUCAGCGCAGUUGUUGAUAAUGUUUUUGGUAGUGUGAAAAUGAUAAAAAUAACUGAUGUUCAUGUCAUAUUUAUACACCAAUGCAGCCUUCAUGAUAACUUUGAAGGCACUUCCUUUUAGGCAUCUAUCCAUUGAUAGAAUAGAAAGGUGGACAGUCACAUGCAUCUCUGUCCAUUUAAUUGUAUAACUAAGUUAUGCCGAAAAAGCUCAACCACGCUACAGAGUAUAUUUGCCAUAAUGCUUUGACAGUGCGCUCAGUUUAGAGGAGUUAAGAACUUUUAGUAAUUUAAUUGUGAGUUAACAAAGUCGUCGCCAUGGCAAGUGCAUUAGCAGCAAAAAUGGGAUUUAACUCAAUGAUGCGAAAACAAGCCAGGACUUUUAAAGUCAGGAUCUGCACCAUGGAGUCAGACAUGGAGUUCAGCUGCGAGGUUAAGUGGAAAGGAAAAGACCUUUUUGACUUGGUGUGCCGGACUUUGGGACUCAGGGAGACCUGGUUUUUUGGGCUUCGAUAUAACAUCAAAGAUACGGUGGCUUGGCUCAAGAUGGAAAAGAAGGUUCUGGAUCAAGAGGUGCCAAAAGAAGAACCACUGACACUUCACUUUCUGGCGAAGUUUUACCCUGAAAACGCUGAAGAGGAGCUAGUGCAAGAUAUCACACAGCAUCUCUUCUUCUUGCAGGUGAAGAAGAAGAUCUUAGAGGAGGAGAUUCACUGUCCACCUGAGGCCUCUGUGCUCCUUGCCUCCUACGCCGUCCAUGCUAAGUAUGGAGACUACGAUCCAAAUGUACACAAACCUGGUUUCUUGGCUGAGGAGGAACUGCUGCCAAAGAGGGUGAUUAACUUGUAUCAGAUGACUGCAGAGAUGUGGGAGGAAAGAAUCACUGCAUGCUAUGCAGAGCACCGGGGUAGAACAAGGGAUGAAGCUGAGAUGGAGUACUUAAAAAUAGCUCAGGACCUGGACAUGUAUGGCGUCAAUUACUUCUUAAUCAGGAAUAAAAAGGGAACAGAUCUUCUUCUGGGAGUGGACGCUCUAGGUCUGCACAUCUAUGAGCCGGACAACAGGCUGACGCCAAAGUGCUCCUUUCCUUGGAAUGAGAUCCGCAACAUCUCCUACAGCGACAAAGAGUUUACCAUCAAACCCCUGGACAAGAAAACCAAUGUUUUCAAGUUUAACUCUUCACGGCUGAGAGUCAACAAGUUGAUCCUCCAGCUGUGUAUAGGGAACCAUGACUUGUUUAUGCGUAGGCGGCGGGUCGACUCACUUGAAGUUCAGCAGAUGAAGGCUCAGGCCAGAGAGGAGAGGGCCAGAAAACAGGUGGAGAGGCAGCGUCUGCAACGGGAGAAGCAGCUGCGGGAGGAGGCUGAGAGAGCCAGGGAUGAGCUGGAGAGGAGGCUGAUUCAGCUGCAGGAUGAGGCACACAUGGCCAACGAGGCGCUGCUGCGUUCAGAGCAGACGGCAGACCUGCUGGCUGAAAAGGCCCAGAUCGCGGAGGAGGAGGCCAAGCUGCUGGCCCAGAAAGCUGCCGAGGCUGAGACAGAGAUGCAGCGCAUCAAAGUGACUGCCAUCCGCGGCCAGGAGGAGCGACGGCUCAUGGAGCAGAAGAUGCUGGAGGCAGAGAUGCUUGCCCUCAAGAUGGCCGAGGAAUCAGAGAGGAGGGCCAAAGAGGCUGAGCAGCUGAAACAGGACCUGCAAGAAGCCAGGGAGUCAGAGCGCAGGGCAAAGCACAAGCUGCUGGAGAUAACCACCAGGGCUGUCUAUACGUCUCCUGGACUGCCACCUGACAGCAUGCCUCCAGACCUGAGCUUCAGCAGGGAGAACCUCAGCUUUGACUUUAAAGAUACCGACAUGAAACGCCUCUCCAUGGAGAUUGAGAAAGAGAAGGUGGAGUACAUGGAGAAAAGCAAGCACCUGCAGGAGCAGCUGAAUGAGCUGAAGACAGAGAUUGAAAGUCUUAAGCUGAAAGAGAGAGAAACUCCUCUGGACAUCAUUCAUAACCAGAACACUGAGCAGGGGACCAGCAAGCAGAGCAACUUUAAAAAGCUGACACUACAGAGCACCAAAUCCAGGGUGGCUUUCUUUGAAGAGCUUUGAACUGCCGACAAACUCGUGAAUCUACAUUCCUGGUGUGUUUAACACUACAAAGCCUUAUUUUUUAAUUCAUGGGAAACCACCACAAACAGGAUGGAUUUAAAAAGUGACCACUGCCUUGAUCUGCACCGACACCGGGGGCCUCUUGUGAACGCAUAAACAAGCAUGCCUGCAUAAUGUUCCUGCACUAAAUGUUGGGAUUCAUACAAAAAUUGAGUUUGUGUUUACGGUGAGUGUGUGGAAAGUACAGACCAUUUUCCUUAGGUAUUUUGAAGUGAAACUGUGUGUUUUUAAGGAUUAGAGUCAACGAACAAAGAAAGAAGAAACAUUUUUGUUUUAAACCACUUCACUUCAACUGAGAGCUGCAAUGUGACUGUGAAAUUGAGUUAUUUCAAUAUCACAACAACCCAAAUGGAGCUGUUUAUAAGGUACUUUGCAACUAAAAUGGAAACAAACCACUACAGGAUCAAACAAAGAGUGUUUGCUUGUAUUAAAAAUACUGUUUAAUGAUGUGCUGCCUUCUGCUUUUUCACUAUUUUGUUCAUAUUACCAAUAAAUACCGAUAUAUGUAGUAUGUUUUUUUAUUCGAUGACUUUAUGCUGCCUCAUUUUUCUUGUAAAAACAAAACAAAAAAACAGUUUAGUAAAAACAUUCUAAGCAGCAAAAGUGGGACGGUUCCUUGCUUUGAUACACUGAAACAGCCAUUCAUGGCUAACAGUGGGAGUUGAUGGGCCGUGGUGAAUAUUAAGAGAUACACAUAGCUAAGGUCUAUUUGUGAGAUUUAUGACUAUAGAGGUGUAUAACUGUGUAAGUUGUGUUGUAUGUUUUGUUAUCUCAGAAUUUGUGUCUGUGCCUUUAAUGCAAGAAUACAAGCAAACUGUUGUGUACAAGGCCUCAGGACCUGCAUUCGCUUACAUCUUGCUUCACAGAUAAGUCAUGUGAGCUAUCUGUAGCUGCCUGAACCACUGACUGUAUAUUAAUAUGGACAGGGAGCCUCAGCCUUCUUCUUUGGGGACAAAAGUGAAGCCAAAACAUUUAACUCAUUGACUAGGAAUGUAAUGCUAUCAAAAUCUCAUGGUAUGAUAAUACCUCGGUAACAAGUCUGCAGUGUGGUAUUUAUUACGGUAUCAAAAAAAAAAAAAAAAAACAACAAAUGAAGAAAAAAGUUAUGUCAGCAUUUUUAUUUUAACAAAAACAGAAUUUUAAUAUUAAAAUAUGUGUAACAACCGAGCACUGUAAAAUCAAGCCAGCAAGUUGAGGGCAAAGGAUGAUGGGUACACAAGGGCUGAUGGUAACUGUAGACCCCACUUCCCUUCACUCUGUUCCAUGAAGACCUAUUAUUAGAAAUCGUCACAUGUCCAUGAAGGUAUUGAGACACUUCUCACUGCGAUACAUCUCUAUCAUUGACUAAAUGCAAUUGUCAUUUGUGUUUAAUUAGAUUUAAAAUAAUUCACCUAUGACCUUCAUUUUUAAUAGCCGACUGUCAAGACGGACUCUAAUUUUGAGAAAAAAUGAAAAAUUUAACUAUAUCCUGUCUGUUAAAAUGAAGAAGGCAGGGUUUAUGACCUACAUUUCAACCAGUCAGCAGGGGGAGCUCUAAAUAUUUUGGCUUCACUCCCAGAUGGCUUUUGCUCCUUUAAUCUUGAUAGACAGUCUUUGGUCCGAACACUUGAGGUGCCUUUCGGCAAGGCAUCGAGUGCACUACGCUCUGCUGUCUGAUAUAAAGAGACAGUAAUUUAUCCUCAGUAGUUCUUUGAAUAUAAACUGGAUGAAGGAACUGUGACUCUAAGAUGUGAGCUCAUGCCACAUCAUAUCUGUUUGGUUUUUCUUUUUUUUUCCUUUUUUUGUGAAGACAACUGUUUUGGAAACAUAAAUUUGCAUUUAUUUUGAAUUAAUGUGUCUUUUUGAAUAAAUGUGCUCUUUCCAAUUUAUUGUUUGGAAAUUGUAAUGUGAAGAAAUAUUUUUUUCCUUUUGCCUGCAUUUAACAUGAAAAGAGCAGUAUUUAAACUGAAACUUUGGGUAAAAUAACUGCAUAUAUUUCAGAAUAUACAUUUUUACAAUGACUUGACAGAUUUGUAUGGGUUUUUUUCAUGUAAAAUAAAAAAAGAAC